UUCGUGUUCGAGGCAUGCGUGAACUCGGUGUGAACUCAAAGCAAUAUUUCGCCAUGGAUAUAUUUCCACCUCUCCUGUAUUACGUAGCGCAAUCGAUCAGUGGAAAACCGCACGAGGGAUGCAACGCUACGUACUACGCAAGCAAGCAAACAGCGCGAACCGCUACACAAUAUAAACACAUACUGCGACAGUGAUAGAUGAGCGCUAAGUUCAAUAGUUCAGAUUGUUCAAAUAAAAGAGGGAGAGAGGCGGAGAGAGAAAGAGAAAGAUUGGGAGAAAGGGAGGUGAGGGAUGAAAACAUUGGCAAGCGCACUCCGUUCGCUCGGGACCCUGCACAUUUAUCCUCGGCCGACCGAGGUGAUAUAAAUACGAGAGAUAUCUCUGCGGUGAAACAAACCGUAAUAUCGCGAUCAUAAUAAACGCAUGUGAGAGGAGGAAUGUUGCGUCUUGCAAGCAAGCUCUUUUCGCCACUCUCUCAUUCGCUCUCCCUCAAUCUUUGCGGAACGGGGAAAUCCUCUUCACGUGUAAUUCAUACGCUGUAAUACCGGCAACUUCCGCCCGCAUCUCGGCUCAUUCUUCAGCUAAACACUGCUGACUUACAAAGCUCAUUUUGCUUGGAUGUCAUUGACUUUUGAGAAAAGUUUGGUUGGUGAACUGGGGAAGGAAUUCCACAAUUUCGUGAGCUCUCAGAGAACGCAUAAUUACUACAGGUGGAUUUGAAAAAAGCCGUAGCAAAUUUUGUCUCCUUGAUCUGAGCGAGCCUCCGAGAAUAUAGUAUAUUCAUCUUUUUUUCUGAGCAACACACAUCGUAACAUGGCGUUUAUAUACUCCAUUUGGACUUUCGUUGUCCCCGUUUGUCUCCUGUACCUGAUCAAGAAACUUUGGUACUGGUAUAUAGUCAGCAAGAGUGACCCGAAAUGCUCGGCGCCUCUUCCUGGCGGAUCUAUGGGUUGGCCGAUCAUCGGAGAGACCUUUCACGUGCUUUUCCAGGGACCGUCGUUUUACGAGAAAAACUUUGCAAAAUUUGGACGAAUCUUCAAGACGCACCUAUUUCUCAACCCCACUGUUCGAGUUUACGGGAAAGAUAAUAUCGCCAAGAUCCUUCAAGGGGAGAAUGAUAUCGUGACUUCAACGUGGCCAGCUUCAACCCGUCUCAUCCUUGGGGAAGACACCCUCGCCAUGGCACAGGCCGAGGAACAUGCAUUCAUGAAGAAAAGGGUUUAUGUAGCCUUUUCACACUCGGCUCUCAGUGGUUAUGUCUCUAUGAUUCAGAAACCAGUCAGAACGGCCAUUGAGAAGUGGUGUCAGUCUGAUGAGGUGCUAGCCAGCAAUGUCUUGAGACAUCUGUCAUUCCGUGUUGCUGCUGAUGUUAUCUGUGGCUUCCGUUACACUGACGAGGACGUGACAACGCUCUGUCAGAAGUUUGAUGAAAUCAUGAAAGGCAUCAUGACAAUCCCUUUCGAUUUGCCCUUCUCAACAUUUAGAAAGGCCCUGAAGGCUCGGGACUUCAUCAAACAGAACCUGGACGAGAAUGUGAUGCGCAAGGCUAACCUAGAUCCGGAGGAAGACACCCAAGAUGCCAUGCGAAUCCUGAUCAACCUCGCCAAUAAAUCAGACUGCAAUACUUCCAAGGAAGGCUUGUAUGAAGCCAUCAAGAACCAAACGAUUGAGUUUUUGAUAAGCGGUAUGCUGUCACUCAGUUCUGCAGCAAGCACCAUGCUGUACCACCUAGCCAGGAAGCCAGAGGUCCUAGCCAAGGUUCGGGAAGAGCUGAACCAGUAUGGCCUGCUGACCGACUACACCCCUCUAACCCUUAACAAGAUCAACCAAUGCCACUAUGUCAUGCAAGUCAUCAAGGAAUCUUUAAGAAUGGUCCCUCCCAUUGGUGCUACCUUCAGGACUGCUCUCAAGACCUUUGAGUUAGAUGGCAAGCAAGUUCCCAAGGGUUGGACCGUAUUCUGGAGUAUCCGGGAGACCAUCCACUUAUCAAAUUCCUUCACCAACACCCACGAAUUUGAUCCUGAUAGAUUCUCACCUGAACGCAGGGAGGACAAGGUUGCUGGUCGCUUCUCCAUGCCCGUCUUUGGCCAUGGCACCCACAGCUGUAUCGGACAGAACUUUGCACUUCUCACGUUACGCAUCUUGCUUAUCGAGUUGGCGCGCACCUGUGACUUUGAAACACCUAAUGUAGAGAAGAUUAAAUUUGCAUGGCUGCCGUCCCCGAAACCCAAGGGUGGUAUGCCGACGCGGUUCACACGGAAAGUUAUGGUGGAUCAAAAUGAGAAUGAGGUCUGCUACUCUAAGUCUUCGAUAUCUCAGGAUGAUGAGGGUCCAUCAGGAGAUGGUGUCCAUCAGAGAAGUGCAACGUGUCAUGCAGCAUGAAGACAUUCAAAAUUGGACAUUGUAUUUUGAGAAGAACUGGACAUUUACACGCACAAAGCUCUGAUCUUAGCGAACACCUUUGAAAUGAAUAAAUGAUGACGCUCUGUUAUAGGGAUCGAUUUGAUUGUCUCUACACGACACGUUCCCUUUAAACUGUAACCUUGCACUGUGGCUUGGCAUUACAUAUGCAUAUAGACAGUGGUCAUGAAAAACUAUUAAACAAUCCAAUAUGUCCUUGAUUUCAACCAAAUCCAGCAAACCAUUCUACAUUCAUCGACAUGUUUCGUGCUGAAGGCUCUUGAUGACAUGGUGAAAAUAAACAUCUUGGGUGUAUGCUUUUGAAAGUAAUCAAAACUAUGGAGAUUGGCAAGAUGUUAAGGCAAAAAUAUAUAUAUGUAUACAUUUAAAUACACACAUAUAAAUAUAUAUAUAUGAUUUAUAUAUAUAUUGCCUUUUGACGGUAUUCCAUAGUCAUGAAUCUAUUCACUGAUAGGUUAUUAAUUAUCUAUGUAUUCAUUUCAGGCAUUUUGUGAUGACAAGGCACCUUAAUAUUCAUAUUUUAUCAAUUUGCAACACUGUAAAUAUCAUGUCCUGUCUUCAAUGUCUUUCCAAAGCUUAUUUUCAUUUGAUAGGCAGGUAAUUCUUAGCCAACAUCUUGUUUCUACUUGAUGAAGCGUGGUAGUCGUAACGUUGGUUUGCGAUUAUUCUACCCAUUCAUACAUACAUGUACAUCUAGUAUGACAGUAUUUUGUACCAACCUGGAGAAAUACUCGACUCUUUAUGAGUUCAAAGAUAAGCAGAAAAAGCAGCUUAAGUUUUAUUCAGAAAGGUAGAUAUGUAAUGUAUUUAUUUAUUGCUUAUAUUUUUCUUAAGUACGUAUCUUGUUUCUGGGCAAAGAAAGAGAUAGAGCUUUAUUUGAAAUGUAAUCUGGAUCUGUACUUUUAAAAUGUUUAGUUGCAUUUUUCGGUUAGAGAGAGGAAAACGAAAAUGGAAACUUUUGUUGCAAGAUAUGGUUAGUAUGCGAAAAUGGAUUUCACCUUGUACUUUCAAGUGAUAAGUGACUUGUAGUUGCCGUUAAGAAUAUUGGUAUUGGAAUGGAUAAGGAUGUAGAUUAAUUUAUGAAGAAAGUGAUUUAUGAGGAACAAAUCAAAAUACAGAUCACCUAGAUCACAAAAAAAUGUCAAAAAGAUAACGGUGUUGUUUUGAUGCUAUUUAAUGUGUUUUUAAAACCUUGUGGUUUAAAUGCUGGUCUUAUUCAAGCUUAUUGAUUUAAAAGCUCGAAAGAAUUGCAUUUACAGUGUUUGUUUUUGUCUUAUCUGUAAAAGUAAAUUUUUAUGUAUUUAUAUGUGUACAGUAUUGCCAAAAGAAUUCUUUUAUAUUAAGAAAAGUAUGUAUUGUUACAUUUUUUGAUUGGAUGAACAAUGUUUUCAGACAAAACGGGUAAUGUAAGUGGCUAUAUUGAAUUUGUAUAGAAGGGAGGUCGGUGACAUGGCUUGAAAAUAUGCUUUCUGAUGUUUUUUAAGACAUGACUUUUCAUCAUCAGUUUCCAUUCAAAAUGUACAGUGUACAUUGUGCACAAAUACUAUGGAUGUCAACUGUUUACUUGCAAAUUUCCCCCAAAAAAGAGUAUUGACAAUUUUAUUCAUUCAUUAAAUAAUUAAUUGUAAAAUAAAUAUAACUUACUGCUGGAAUCAAACAGCAUUAUUGUGGCGGCACAUUGAAAGAAAUGUAUCCUUAACCUAUUAAAGAUUUAUAGUUGAACAUGCCAACUUAAUGGCGUAACAAUAUUUAGAUGUGUAUCUAAUUCAGGUUAUGGAUUUCAAUGAUUUACAAACACCUUGGAAUAUUCAUCUUCACAGAUAAUUUCAAAAUAAGGAGCCAAUUCAUUUAUGCUCGUUAGACUGGCAACGUAAUACAUCACAAUAUUCCUCGACACCCAUUGCCGUUUCUUAUAAAUACAUGUACACUAAAACAAAAAUAACCACAAACACAAGGGAAAACGUAAAACAAUGAAAACUUGUUUGUUCAAUCUGGAUUUUAAAUUGUUGACAUUAAAAUGCAAAUGUGUACAUAUAUCAGAAAGAUAUGACAAAGGAUAUUGGUGACUAACUAAAUCCUCAUGUGUGUGGGUCAUAAUAAAGGAGACGUUUCCACGGACUCUGUAGUUUGUUUCAAUGUGAGCAUGCCUGAGAGUCGGGCUCCCACAGGCUUGCCAAUAAGUAUGUAUUAAUGCAUUGUGCAAGAAUAUCUGGAUUGUCACAGAUUGCAGAGCAGUGGGGAUCAACCCUUAUAGAUGACAUUCAAAAGUGACCUUAUUCCAAACAAGGUGUGUAACUUUGAGAUGUCCAUCUUUUUGUACCAGAAUUUAUUGAGAAAAAAAGUGAGAGCGAGUCAGGAUGGAGGAACAAUUCAUGUUUUGAAAUAUUUGUAUGAUCUUAGCAGUAUUUUACAAGUGUGUAGUGAGGUUUUUACUGUGGCAUAUUUUUGAUACAGGGAUAUUUUUCAUGCGUUUGUGUGCUUUUUUCCCUUUUACAACCUUACAAAUUUAAAGUUAAUAUCCCCCUUUAAAACAUAUCUAAACAAACACUCAAGUUUUUCAUUUUGAAAUUCAAAGUAUUCCUUCAAAUAAUGCACCAGGUGUGUGCCAAAAUUUAAGAUUAGAAUGUGUUUCUUGAAAAACUGUAUUGAGUAUUUUUGUGCAUUUUUGGCUAUACCUUGAACUUAUGAGAGCUUAAUGCUGUUAGCAAAAUAAUUUGUUCCAUAACAACUUGAUUGUUGGGAAUCAAAUGCAAGAGAAACAAGUGCCAAAUCAUGUCAAAUUUUAUGUGUUUAUCUUCUUCCUAGAUUGAAUUAUAGAAAAGAUAUAAUUAGAUCCCCUUUUAAUGACUUUUGUUCAGAGGUAUGAUAAAUAUCAUUUCCACAUAGUGAAUUAAAGCUUUUCAUUCAAUAUUUUUAACCUCUUAAUUUUGUGCCCCGUAAUGAGUGAGAGUGGAAAAGAGAGAGAGAGUGUGUAAAAGGAAGGAAGAGAGCGUGAGGGGGAUAAAAAAAAUACAGGAAGAGAAAAUAAAUAGUAUCCAAUCAUUUAUUCUUUUUCCUGUAAGUACCAAUUAUCCUGAGAACUCUUCCUUCUAUUUAUGGUUAUGUUUAGAUUAGACUAAAGUUCUAAGCUUAAAAAAAGAAAAAAAUAUAUGAAAUUGCUGUUGUGAAAUGUUAUUAUAUAUCUAUUCAAAAACCUGUUUGUAAGUAUACAAUCAUGUUGAACAUUUGGGAUUGAGCUUUACUUUUAAGAAAAUAGGCGUAACCCUUAAGUUUUGUACUUCAUGGGCUAAUAUCGCUGUUUGUGAUUUCAUUUCAAAUAGAGGUAUUAUUAUUACUUCAACUAUAUGAUUAUUGUAAGUGGUAUUAUCUAAUCAAAUCAUUAUCAUUAUUAUAUAUACUUCUGUAUAUUUUGGACAGUUGUUUUGACAUCCAUGUACCAUAUAUUUCUAUCAUUUUUACUCAGUAAAAUAUUUAUGCGUAUUAACAG